AUGGCGUCUGAAUCUAGCAUCAAGAGUUCCUCAGAUAAGCAGAGCAAAAUACAUGGAACACAAGCCUUAGGGGGAAAUGCUCGCAAGGCUUCACCCUUGCCCAUUUCUAAGACUGGAAAAUCUGAGACUACCGUGAGAGAAUCAUCUAAAAAUGUUGAACCUGUUGCUUCUAAGAAAAUUGCAGUAGCAGCAGCAGGGGAAAAAAAAUUACAUAAUUAUCAGCAAAAGGAGUUGGUCAGUUCUGUAGCCGAUAAGCUGGAUUCCAGCCUGCAAUUGGGGAAUUCGAAACAAGUACAAACACUUGAGAAUAAACCUCAUCUGGAAAAGAAAACAUCAGGUCACACAAUUGUCAAGGAUAGCUCAGCAUCUGCUAAAGUGAGCGAUGGAGCUAGCAGCCUUGCAAAAACAAGUGGAAGUGCCAAAAUCAGUGAUCGGCUUGAUUUUGUUGAGAGUGGAAAGAGCAGUUUGUGUAGGGGUAGCACAAGUACUGAUAUAAGUGAUGAAAGUACUUGUAGCAGCCUGAGUAGCAGCGUUAACAAACCUCAUAAAGCAAAUGAUAUGAGAUGGGAAGCCAUACAAGUGGUACGAUCAAAGGAUGGCGCAUUAGAUUUGAGGCAUUUCAGACUGUUGAAGAAGUUGGGCUGUGGCGAUAUUGGAAGUGUCUAUCUUUCGGAAUUAUGUGGAACAAAGUGCUAUUUUGCCAUGAAGGUCAUGGAUAAAGCAUCACUAGCAAGUCGCAAGAAACUUUUGCGUGCUCAGACAGAAAGAGAAAUACUGCAAUCCCUAGAUCACCCCUUCCUUCCAACUUUAUAUACCCAUUUUGAGACAGGAAAGUUCUCAUGUUUGGUUAUGGAGUUCUGCCCAGGAGGUGACCUGCACACACUUCGGCAGAGGCAACCAGGAAAGCAUUUUACUGAACAGGCAGUGAAGUUCUAUGUAGCUGAGGUCCUUCUCGCUUUGGAAUACCUCCACAUGCUUGGCAUUGUCUAUCGGGAUCUCAAGCCUGAAAAUGUCCUCGUGAGAGAAGAUGGACACAUUAUGUUAUCUGACUUUGAUCUUUCUCUCCGCUGUGCCGUUAGCCCAACACUCAUCAAAUCCUCGUCCCUCGAGACAGAGACACUUAGGAAAAAUUCAGUUUAUUGCGUUCAACCUGCUUGUAUUGAGCCCUCGUGCAUUCAGCCAUCAUGUAUGGUCCCUACUUCGUGUUUCACUCCUCGCCUCUUUUCAAGCAAAUCCAAGAAAGACCGCAAAACCAAAAAUGACAUUGGUAACCAAGUCAGCCCAUUGCCCGAGCUUAUUGCGGAGCCAACCGAAGCACGUUCCAUGUCAUUUGUAGGUACCCACGAGUACUUGGCACCUGAAAUCAUCAAAGGUGAAGGGCACGGCAGUGCUGUGGACUGGUGGACUUUUGGGAUUUUUCUUUAUGAGCUAUUGUUCGGUAAGACUCCCUUCAAGGGAUCAGGAAAUAAGGCUACACUUUUCAAUGUCGUGGGCCAGCCAUUGCGGUUUCCAGAAUCGCCAGUUGUCAGUUUCGCUGCUAGGGAUCUUAUAAGAGGCUUGCUAGUGAAAGAGCCACAGCAUAGGUUGGCAUACAAACGUGGGGCAACCGAGAUUAAGCAACAUCCAUUCUUCGAGGGUGUGAAUUGGGCUUUAAUUCGUUGUGCAAGUCCGCCAGAUGUGCCUAGACCAGUUGAGAUCGAAAGAAUUCCUGCCCCGACCGCAUCAACUAGUCUGAAAAUUGCUCCUGCAGCUAUCCCAACCCAACAAGGUUCUGAUAAUUAUCUUGAAUUUGAUUUCUUUUAA